CGAUUAUAAAGUGUUCUCUGGUACUGAAGUUGAAGUACUUACUAUUUUAACUAUUUUUCGGCAGCGAAAAUUUCUUAUUAAGCAAUCUUUUUCAGAUUGUAAAAACAAUAGCUUCUUUUAUGAAUUUUCACUGUGAGAUUUAUGAAACUGCAGAUGCAGAUGUUGAAUUAUGGGGAAAUAAAGUACAUGAGAGCAACUAUACUGGAUUAUUAGGUGAAAUGAAUGAUGGUACAGCUGACAUCGCUUUAGGUGAUCUUUACUACAUUCCAUUCAUGCUGGACAUCAUGGACCUGAGCAUUCCCUACAACACAGAGUGUUUAACGUUUUUAACACCCGAAUCUUUAACUGAUAUAUCAUGGAAAACCCUUAUACUCCCUUUCUCGUCUAUCAUGUGGGGAUGUGUCGUUAUUUGCUUACUUCUUUCUAGUUCAGUAUUCUACGUUCUAGCUAAAUUUCACUUACGUUUCAAUCAAGCAGAAGAACAAGAUAAAAUACAAGCUUACGAUAAAAUGCUUAAAAUGAAGACCCAAAAAAGAAAAGCGUUUGAUAAUCUCACUCUCUUUUCUCAAGUGAAAAAUGUCGAUCCUGAUGUAAAAUAUGCUUUGUUAAAGGAUCAGUAUGUGGUAAAUCAGGAAAAGGAUGGAUUAUAUCAGUUUUCUGAACCUGUCAAUUCAGUUCUGUAUACUUAUAGCAUGUUGCUGUUGGUGUCAUUACCCAAACUUCCUAUAGGAUGGUCUUUAAGAGUACUCACAGGGUGGUACUGGCUGUAUUGUCUGUUGGUUGUGGUUACCUAUAGAGCUAGCAUGACGGCUAUUUUAUCUAGACCAAUGCCCAGGGUUUUGAUCGACAUUCUGCAAGAACUUUCAGACAGUAAACUAACCUACGGUGGUUGGGGAGAUAUCAAUAAACAAUUCUUCCAGUCAUCUCCCGACACGAUGAUCAAAGUGAUCGGCGAAAACUUCGAAAUCGUCGAUAAUGCCGAAGUUGCCGUAGACAAAGUGGCCGAAGGAAGAUUCGCAUUCUAUGAAAAUGUGUACUUUCUGAAAGAAGCUGUCGUUAAACGCCAAACUAAAUUUCAGCAACACGUUACGAAAAAUACAACGAACAAUCUAAACACUGACGUGAGACACCUCAUCCAAUCGGACAGAAAUCUCCACAUAAUGAAGGAAUGCAUAAUAAACAUGCCCGUGUCCAUAGGUCUCCAGAGAAAUUCUCCAAUCAAACAGCGCAUCGACAAAAUAAUACGACGAGUUCUAGAAGCCGGUCUAGUGGAGAAAUGGCUUAACGAUGUUAUGCAGAAGAUUUUAAGGGAUAAAGUGGACCCUAAAACCGAUGCCAAAGCUAUAAUGAACAUCAAAAAAUUUUAUGGAGCUGUAGUGGUUUUAAUAAUUGGAUAUUUAUUGGGAACUUUGUUAUUAAUAGGCGAAAUUGUGUAUUUUCAUUAUUUCGUUAAAAAUCCAGUCUCUUUUAGUGUACCGUUUAAGAUAAAACCGAAAUCUGGAAAAAAAAUUGUAAGAUUUGAUAAGUAGUGCCAGAAUAACUAGCUCAGAAUAGUACUUAAUAAUUAUAUAACCAACAAUACACUGAGUCCUAGAAAUUGAUUCAGGUUUAGGAUUCAGUAAAUGGCAUUAUAAAAUAGCCCUUAAGGUGCGCCCAAACCGGCUGCGCCGCUCCGCGCCGCGCAAAACAUUUUUUUAACAUGUACUUUUAAAGUGUAUUUUUUUAGCGCGCACAAAAGUAUAUGUUAAAAAAUAAUUUGCGCGGUGCGGCGCAGCUGCUGGGAACGCACCUUUAGGGUUAAAACUUAAUGUUCUGCUCUAAAAACGGUCUGUGAGAUUUUUGAUUACUGUAUAUAUAUUACUAUAUCAUGUACCAGUAAAAUAUUUGUUUUCUCGAACCUUUUUGUCAACUAUACUCAGUGUUUAGC